ACAUAGUGAACAUAACGGCCCUGAGUGGAGGCAUCAGGCUGAGCUGGCUGAGCUGGCUGCUUACGGCUGCUGCUAGUGGUGAAUUUUGUUAGUGAGUGUUGUCGACGCAAGUGUAGUAGUUCUUCGAUUAGACACACACACAUAUAUAUUUAUUUUUUUAAUACAGUACUCUAUCGACGAGUAAUUGUCUAAACUCUUUUAACGAGCACAAUCUCCUUGUUUUUGUUUCGACGCCAUGGAUUCCGCCAGUCAAGACAUCAAUCUGAACUCUCCAAAUAAAGGCCUGGGCUCAGGCGCUCUAUCAGACAUGCCAGCAGAGAUGGGUGCAUCUGCUGGGAGUCCAGUAACGCUUCAUCCAGGACUAACGGAGGAGGAGGCAGAAGAACUAAAGACUGAACUCACCAAGGUGGAGGAGGAGAUUCAGACUUUGCGGCAGGUACUGAUGGCCAAAGAGCGCCAUGCAUCCGAACUGAAGCGCAAGCUCGGCCUCAGCCCUCUGAGCGAACUCAAACAGAACAUCUCCAAAGGCUGGCAGGAUGUGCAGACCUCAAAUGCCUAUGUGAGAACGAGUGAGAAACUGGGCCAGUGGAACGAGAAGAUUGCAGGAUGUGAACUAUAUCUUUCAGCCUCUGCCACUCUGGAUGACAUUUCCAACUCUGAAGUGUACAAAAAGACUCAGGAAACACUGUCUCAGGCAGGACAGAAGACCUCAGCAGCCUUCUCCACCGUGGGCUCUGCUAUCAGUAGAAAACUAGGAGACAUGAGUAGUAACUACUCCAUUCGCCAUUCGAUAAGUAUGCCAGCUAUGAGGAACUCUCCAACUUUCAAAUCAUUUGAAGACAAAGUUGGAAAUAUUAAGUCGAAGGUGGUUGGAGGGAGAGCCAACGGCGAUGGCCUCCAGUCUCCGACCGAGUCGAACCCUGUGCAGGACAACGCACCAUUCUGAGCCUCUACACUCCAAAAUGAACUCAUCUCAUCUCUUAGUGAAGCCUGACCCUCUACAGCCACCAUCACUUCUCUCACUCGCUGUCUCUCUGCCUCUCGCUCCCUCCUCCAGCUCCUCUUUUCCACCUAAAGCUUGCAUGUGCUCAUCUCACCUCUCCACUCACACCACAGCUUACGUGACAUGGACUCAUCCAAAAAGGAUUGUACCCAAAAAAAAAAAAAAAACACGAAAAAAAAAGUUACAACCAUUUUGUAUUCGAAAGUAUUUUACACUGCUUUGCAUAAUGUUUUUACAUAACGUAUAUAUCGAUAUAUGAAUAUAAAGAAUACAAAUAAUUAUAUUUAAACUGUACUGCCAAGCAGCAUUCAUCAGAAAGAGGGUGAAAGGAGAAGAAACCGGGAGAGGGGAGAGGACUGCUGUUUGAACUACUCACACAAGGGGAACGUGCUGCAGUUUUCUACGCUGCUGUUCAUUAAUUUGAGGACUUUUUUACUCCGAGUACAAUGUGAAGCAACGCUUUACAGUACAUGUGGUGAAUGUUUAAUCCUUUGUCUGCCUUACACUAUCACUCCGUUUCUUUCUGUUGAUUUUUGCUGGUCAAAGCAAGUGGCAUUAUGGUUCUUUUCUCUUUUCCUGUCCUCUUUUGCUUGCUCUGCUCUUUUGUUUCUUGUGUUGAUUUGGAGUACUAUAUCACUGAUUUUGUUCACGCCUUGUCCGUUAACGUCUGCCUACCUUUGCUUCGUUCCAGUGCUUUGUGCCAGCAAUCCGAGGCCAUUUAAAGACCUUCUGCUGUUGAAACGAAGAGCUAUUUCACAAAGUCAUACUCACACUAAUUCCUAUAAGAGUCACUGUUGAAUAUAGCUCUUGCUUUAGCCUGCACUACCCCAAUGUGUAGUAACUGACUGACGUCAAACUCCCUUUUUGUUAUUACAUUAAGGUAUAUGUUAGACUGCUUACUUGUGUAGUUCGUUUGGUAGCACGGUCACUUUGCAUUUAAUCAUUUUUAUUUUGCCUUGUUUAUCAUGUUUCAUCAUUUCUUAUUUUCUGUGUGUCAAUGGGUUGAAUUAUUUCAGUAGUUUGCUACACAUUAUUAUCCUAGAUUAAGCUAGAAUUUGAGGGAUUUAUUAUAUCUCUUUGCCAGAAAUAUGUACAGCUAUGCUGCCAGUAAUAGGGGUUUUGGGAUUCAUGUUAAUAUCAUUUACUGGAUCAGUGACCAUACCUUUCUGUUAUCAAGGAGCGAAAGGUGUAAUAUUUUGAGCAUUUUAUUUUUUAUUUUUUUAGAGAUGGAGAGAAAUUAUCUAUCCCUUAAGCUGCAUUUGUGUAAAUGGGACCGGCUGUUGUAGAGUGCCUGAGCACAAUAUAGCUUUAAAUCUGAGGUUGUAGCUCGACUUUACAAAAUGAGAGGAUCUGGUUUUCUUUUAAGGAAUUGGUGGACAUGGUCAUUUAUGUUAAUGUCAGUGUUUGUUCUGUUUAUCAAUAAAGCAUUCCUUCAAAUAA